AACUUGACUGUAGACUCGGAGGUGAAUCAGUGUGAGAGCAGAGAGCUGAGAGACGCUCAGAGGAGAUAAAACCGAGUUUAACUGAAGAGGAGAAGAAGUUUAAUCUGUUCUAACUUCCGUUAAUGACUGAACCCGGUAAUGUCCCGCCUUUAAUCCGGAUCCAUCCCGUCUUUAUUCCGGAUCUCCCCCCUGAGGUCAGAGGUUCUGAAGUCGGUUUAACUCCCUCCACGGGCCGGCCUGGGACCUGCAGCUAACAGCUAACAGCUAACCAGCGAAGCCGUCCUGUGGCUGGUGUUCAGGCUGUUGGAUGGCCACAGGAGUGAACUACUGGAGCUCUUAUGAACCCACUUACAAGGUGAGUGAGUGUGUGUGGGGCGGCGAGGAGGAGUCGAGCAGUGAGGAGGGAGGAGGCGGGGUCACAUGGGAAACACAAGCCAUGGAGGUCAAAGGUCAACUCAUCUCACCUGACCCUUUCACCUGUCCAGACAGGAAGCAGAGGGAGCGAAUGGCAGAGCUGCAGGAGAGGAGGCGGGGCCUACAGGCGCUGCUGGGCACACGAUUGGCUGAGCUGAGACGCAUCUGUCUGCAGGAGGCGGAGCUGACCGGUGCAGUGCCCAGUGACUUCCCCUUGGAGGCGGGGGAGAAACCCCCCUGCGUCCGACGGAGAGGUGGGACGUCUCGCCAAGGAAACAGGAAGUGUCGAGCAGAGGAGGAAGACUCCCAGCGUUCAAAGCCGAAGAAAACUUUAUUUAGCGGAGCUCUGAGGAAACACAGUGACUCUGAACACAAUACACAGACGCACACACACCACGGCAAGAGGACUGUACACAGAGGCUGCCACACAGACGACACAGUGAGGUCAGAGAGCAGCUCGACAUCAUCAACAGGACUGGAUAACGAUGAUGGUGUGUCUCAGAGUCGUCCCCCGCUGGUCUCUGCUGGUUCUCCAGUGGAGGUUUUCAACCAGAAUAAAACCAGGAGGAACUCACUGCACAACAGGACGGACCAUCCAGAAACUCUGAAGGCCCACAAGCCCCUUCCCCCUCCUCCUCCCUCCCAUCAUCCCCCCCUCCCCCUCCAUCCUCCCACUCCACCCCCUCGUUCUCAGGACUCCUCCUCCUCCUCAGGCCCGUCUGACCCAGGACCAGCGGGGGAGGGCGGGGCCAGGGUUAAUGCAGCCCGUCACAGUAACAGCUCCGAUGGCCUCCUGGACCGCAUCGCCCCCCUGGAGGAGGACGGGGGGCAGCAGGGGGGAUUGUGGCUAAAUGGUCUGCCGGGUUCCAGAGGAACGAACACCGCCGGAGCAUUCAGGAGCUCCGAGACGCUGACGGACGGACGGACGAGGGCGAGGGCGAAUAACGGCGUCACAGAGGGGGGAGGGGCGGGGCGAGGGAGAGGAGGGGGGUACAACGAGGUCCUGCUGGACUACGUGUGGGGGAAACAGCAGCAGCUGCAGCGACAGCAGUCCCAGCCCAACAACAGGCAGCCAAUCACAGCGCUGCUCUACAACGGCUACUCCUCCCAGCAGCCCCUGGGAGCCCCGCCCACCUACCGCAGUCACCUGGGCGACCAGCGCCGAGUCAAAGUGACCCGCACCAAAUCCUGUGGCCCCUUCCUCCCGGUGCAACAGGGCCAGACUGAUACCCACAAUCCUCCUCUGCCUGCCAUCCAGCCAGACCCCCACCCCAACCUGCUGCCCCCCCGACCGCCACAGCUGCCCCCCGCCCAGGACGCACAGCUGGAGGAGGCCACCAGGAGCCUCCACAAGGCCCUCGCCCUGGAGGGUCUGAGGGACUGGUACCUGAGGAACACGAUAGGCUCCGCCAACCAAAACCAGGCCAACGGAAAGGUCAACGCAGGGGUCAACACUAAGGCGAACGGAGGGGUCAAAGGUCAGGCCGGAGGGGGACGAGCUCUGCAAGGCAGACGGAGGACUCACGGCGGCAUCCAGCAGUCAACCUAUCAGACGGAGACAAGUCACAAUCCGCCGCAUCACAAAAAGACGCUGCCGCAUUCAGCCACGUUCCACGGACACCCGCUGCACGGCAGGUCUAUGGACGGCUCUCUCUACCACGACUCCUUCCCUCCUCAGAAACAGGAAGACCUGCCGUCUCCUGGAACGCUUGUCUGACCACCGACCAAUCAGGACGCUAACGGACAGAUACGCGGACCAAUCCCGGGCUGGCUUCCUGGGAUCAACACCUCUCUGGACUGUGGGUCCUGCCGGUUCUUCAGCAGAACCAGGAGAACCUCCUGCUGCUCACCAGGACCUGCAGCUCGUGGUCUCUUCAGGGUUCACCAGCUAUGGCAAGCUGUUUUAACAUUUAAUAGCUAGACAGGAGAUUCAUUAGAGCAGGGGUCUCUAAGCAACCUGCGGCUCCGGAGCCACAUGCGGCUCUUUAGCUCCUCUCCAGUGGCUCCCUGUGGAUUUAUAAAAAUGGAAAUGAAUAACUGUUUUUUUGUUGACAUUUUCAUUUUUAUUUAUCAUUG